AUGACACCAUCAUCCAUAAAGGAGUUAAUGACUGACAGCUGCGUCCUUUUAACUGGUGUCACUGGAUUCGUCGGUGGUUCCUUGUUGGAACGGAUAUUGUGUCUUACACCAGGACCGGAAAAGAUAUUUGUACUCGUGCGAAAGAAACAGGGCGUAGAUCCUCAGGAUCGACUCAAAACCAUUCUUUCGUCUCCGCUAUUUUCAGGUGUCCAUCCAGACAAAUUGCAGAGGGUUCAGGUAAUUCCAGGUGAUAUUACUCAGGAUGGCCUUGGAUUAUCUAGCUCGGAUAGUAAUUUACUCAUUUCGAAAUGCACCCACGUUUUCCACGUGGCGGCGUUCAUUUCCUUUGCGGCCCAACUCGAUCUCGCCAUCAGGAUCAACCUUCUGGGAUCACGUCAGGUAUUACACCUGGCUAAACGAAUGAUAAAUAUCCAGGCCAUGGUCUAUGUUUCUACUGCAUAUGCCAACUGCACUAAAGAAAAUACAGUGCUCGAGGAAAAGCUAUACCCAACGGCUAUAGAUCCUGUGAAAUUUAUAGAGAUGGUCAAAAACUUAUCUUCCGUUGAAAUUCAAAAAAUGUCAGCUGAAUUAAUGGGAAAUCAUCCGAACACGUAUACCUUGACAAAACAGAUGGCGGAGAAUUUAUUGAUUGCGGAGAAGGAACAUGUACCCUUAUCAAUAGUAAGGCCCAGUAUUGUUUUAAAUACUUGGAAGACCCCGUUUCCAGGUUGGGUUGAUAACGUGCACAAUGGUGCUUGCGCAUUUAUUGCGGGCGUAACGAAAGGUCUCUUCCGCACAUUCCAAGCCAAUCCCGAUGCCAUCCAAGAUGUUAUACCAGCUGAUAUGGUUGUAUCUACCAUUUUGGCCUCUGCACUUCACGCAGCGGUACAUCCGAGAGAUUUAAAUAUAUUUCAUUGUACAUCAAGUGCCGUUAAUUCGACAACUUGGGGUAGAUAUUGCGAAAGAGUUGUUACAGCAUGCAGAAACCAUCCUUGCGAAGAUGCUGUAUGGUAUCCCGCAGCUAGACCAAGAACCAAUCAUCUACGAAAUGUCAUUGUUUUAUACAUGUUCCAAAUUUUACCAGCAAUUAUUUUGGAUUUCGUAAUGCAGCGUUUUGGACGUAAAACUCCAUUACUUGAGAUUCAGUAUAGAUACUUCAAAGGUACAAAGUACACUUCGUAUUUUACAAACAGCCAAUGGUACUUUGGCCGGGACAACGCGUCAGCACUUUUGAAUAUUUUACCAGCUGAUGAGCUGGAAGAACAUCCCAUGGAUCCUAAGGCUAUUGAAUGGGACUCGUAUUUUGAGAACUGUGUUAUUGGAAUGCGACGUUAUUUUUUUAAAGAUUCGGAAAUGACGACAAAGAAAGCGCUGCGUCAAAUGAAACGUUUGAAGAUAAUUUCUGCUGUGACGCCAUUUUUAAGUUUCUUGCUCUUUUGGGGCCUAAUCUCCCUCAUGGGACUUUCUUCGAUUACGGCGGCCUGUUUUGGUGGCGCUUUAGUAUUAUUUUUAAUUUGGUUAUAAGAAUUUUGUUAUCUGUUGAGCCAUUAUACGUACACACGAGCCUCGCGAUUCAAUGUUAAUUAUUUAAUUAUAGAUUAGUACAUGAUUUAAAUUACUUUUUAUCUACGUCAUGUGAAAAACGCUUUUUUGCAAUUUUAAUCCUCAUAAAAGUAUAAAUAUCUUUUCACAAGUACUAACGAAAUUCAAAUUUUAACAUGACCGGAGUUUAAGUUUUUUCUCUUAAAUUAAUUCACGUGCGUAUAUGUGUACGAGUACAGAGUAAGAAAAUCGUUUAGAUACAUGAUGAUGUUCUUUUCGCGGAUAAAAUCCUGUUAUGACUAUAUUCUUCAUUUUACUUUUUUAGCAUAUCAAAAAAUAGACUGUCUAACAAGGCAUAGUUGAUUUUUUA